CCUUAUAAACCCAACAACGAGGAGUCUCAUCAUUCAUCCAUUCAUCAGCGUAAUAAUUUCUACAUAACCGCUUAUGUUUCCAUUUACCUCGCUAUAUACACUCGUGACUGUUUUGUAAUCACUUUGGUACUUAUACGAGUUGUUACGGCUUAGGUUAAACUUAAUACAAACUAGCAAAGGACGAACACAUGUGAUGGAGGACUUUGCAGACUAUGAAGAAGAAAGUGCCACUGUUACCAAAGAGAAGCCAUUAGUAACAAACUAAAUUAACACAAGGGAAAAGCACUUUUACUACAGUAUCACUUUUGAUAUACUGUAGCUAUAUGUGCAUCAAAGCUCUUUUACACUCAUUUGUCAUGUUAUUCUAAUAAUACCUUUAUAUUUUCUGGAAUGUGUAGUUUACUAGAAGCGGUUAACUUGUGUAUACAGUAUCUCUAAAGUUACAUUGUUCUUUUGCCAUAAUUUUUUUUCAUAUGUAGUAUAAAAAAUUAUGAAGGUUUAACUGUCAUUCUUGAAGGCAUGUAUAUUACUACUGUAUAUAAGAGAGAUUAGAUUUAUUUACCUGAAACAGUAUUGUUUUCAUAAGAAGCAGGAUGGGUGGCCGAGGACGUGGUGGUAGAGGCAGGGGCCGGGGGAUGACCCUAGAGCAGCUUGGUGUGCAGAAAGGUGAAGCUCUACCUGAGAGAGUUGUUGGCCCCCCUGAAACAUAUCCUCCUCUGGAAUUCCGUCCUGUUCAACCAACCCAAGAGAAGAAUCUAGCAGAGUCCUAUCUAUUGGUAGUUAAAAAAGAGUAUAGAGAACACAUGCAGAAUUCUCAAUAUUAUAUUCAACCUGGGGUCAAGAGACCUGACAUUGAGAGGUACUCAGACAGAUACCAGCUACUGGCUAGCCAUCGGGGACGAUUAACACUCAAUUGGUCACGAUUUCCAAAGGAACUCCAUCCCUCUACGCUGUCUGCCUCAAGUAAAAAGAGAAAGGCUUGUUUAACAAAAAUUAAUGUUAAAAAACUCAAAACCAAAGAUGUUAAUGUUAGUGAAAGACUUGAAGCAUUAGAAAAAAAAGAAGCUACUCAGGGUGUUGAAGAAAAUGAGGAGGGAGAAGAUGAAGAUAAAGCUGAAGGUGAGACAUUUGAAGAACUAGAAGAAGCUGAUGAAGAACUAGAUGAAGGGACGGAUUAUGUAAACAACUACUUUGAUAAUGGUGAUAAUUAUCUUGAUGAAGAAGAUGAUGCACUUGAAGAAGGUGGAGUUUUCUAAAAUGUUGUGAAUUUAGAACUGAAGUGUUAACAAUUUUGGGCAAAGUUUGUGCCUUAUGUGCUGUCUUGCCUUCUUCUUGUAUGUAAUUUAAAUUAUUUGCUCUACUGCAGUCCUUGCACGGUGAUAUAUCAAGAUAAAGAUUUUUCACUGAUGUUAUAAUUUAACACUGACCUGCAUUUACAGAGAAUUUUGAACAAAAAUUAUCUUAUUUAUCUUCAGGUAAUUUUGAUGCUUAUAAUUAAGUUUGUAAUGCAGUGUAGGUCUGACUACAUGAAAAGGAUGUAAAAUUUUUAUGCAUUAAAUAUCAGGUUUUAUAAAAUCAAAUAUUAGGAUUUAUGUUACUGUGCAAUGCUUUAUAUUGUUUAACAUUUUUUUAAAUAUGGUAUUGUAAAUGUUUACUAAAUAUUUAAAGAUAAA